AUGCCCCACGUCAUCGAGAUCUACGACUUCCCGCCGGACUUCCGCACCGAGGACCUGCUGCGCGUCUUCUGCAGCUACCAGAAGAAGGGCUUCGACAUUAAGUGGGUGGAUGAUACGCACGCCCUGGGCAUCUUCUCCAGCCCCAUCACUGGUAGGCGAACGAGCAGGCUGGGCUACAUGGUGGAUGGGAGGCCGGACUCGUCCCCCUUCCCGGCACUGCCGUGUGCUAAUGCUGCCCCGUGCGCUCUCCCAGACUUCCUGCAGCCGGCCAAGGAGCGCCCGGAGACGUCGGCGGCCCUGGCGCGCAGGCUGGUGAUCGGUGCCCUGGGCGUUCGCAGCAACCAGACGCGGGCCCAGCGGGAUGCUGAGCGCAAGAAGCUGCAGGAGGCCCGGGAGAGGAAGCGCCUGGAGAACAAACAGCGGGAAGAUGCCUGGGAAGGCCGGGGGGGAGGCGAGAGGCUGCAGCGUGAGCCCUGCGGGCAGCGCUGCUGGGCGCUCGGCCCCGUGCGC